ACUUUACGUCAGCACGUGGGAGCGUUGAGGCUGGGUCUCCGGAAUAGAAGGUGGGCGCUUCCUGCGCGUGUCUGUGGUGAGAGCAUCUACCCUGGGUAGUAGAGUUUGGACCUCAUGGCGGAGAUAAUUCAGGAACGCAUAGAAGAUCGACUCCCCGAAUUGGAACAGCUGGAGCGCAUUGGACUGUUCAGUCGCGCUGAGAUUAAGGCUAUCAUUAAGAAGGCUUCAGAUCUAGAAUACAGAAUACAGCGUAGAACUCUUUUUAAGGAAGACUUCAUCAAUUAUGUUCAGUAUGAAAUUAAUCUUUUGGAGCUGAUCCAGAGAAGAAGAGUUCGCAUUGGGUAUUCAUUUAAGAAAGAUGAGAUUGAGGAUUCUAUUGUACACCGGGUACGAGGUGUUUUCCGACGUGCUUCAGCCAAGUGGAAGGAUGAUGUUCAACUCUGGCUGUCUUAUAUAGUCUUUUGUAAGAAGUGGGCUACCAAAGUUCAACUUAGCAAGGUAUUCUCUGCCAUGUUGGCCAUUCAUUCAAACAAGCCAGCUUUGUGGAUUAUGGCAGCCAAAUGGGAAAUGGAAGAUCGCUUGUCUUCAGAAAGUGCAAGACAACUAUUUCUCCGGGCUCUGCGCUUUCAUCCAGAGUGCCCAAAACUUUACCAAGAAUACUUUAGGAUGGAGUUGAUGCACGCCGAGAAAUUGAGGAAGGAAAAGCAAGAAUUUGAAAAAGCCAAGAUGGAUGUGGGGAAUCUUGAGUACGCUGAGGAAAUCCUUACGGGCGAGCUGGCACGGAUCAUCUACAAAAAUGCUGUAAGCAUAAUUAAAAGUGCAGAAUUUCAUGUGUCACUGCUUUCAAUAGCACAGCUGUUCGACUUUGCCAAAGAUCUGCAAAGAGAAAUUUAUGAUGACCUUCAGGCUCUGCACACGGAUGACCCCUUCACUUGGGAUUAUGUGGCCCGGCGAGAAUUAGAGAUCGAGUCGCAGCCAGGAGAAGAGCCACCUGCGAUGAAACAGGCUAAAGCAGCGGAGGUGGGCCGCAGGGAGGAGAGGUGCUGUGCUGUGUACGAAGAGGCGGUGAAGACGCUGCCCACAGAGGCCAUGUGGAAGUGCUACAUCAACUUUUGCAUGGAAAGGUUUGCUAAGAAGACAAAUAGUCGGCUCCUCAGAGAGAAGAGGCUGGAAAGAACCAUGGUUGCCUUCAGGAAGGCACACGAUCUCAAACUUCUCCCGGAAUUCCAGUACAAGCAGUGGAUCGAGUUGUUGCUGCGCCGGGACUUCUUUAAGGAAGCUCUGGAGGUGGCGGAAGCCGGGAUGGAAUUGUUCAGAGACUCUGUGACGAUGUGGCAGAUGAAGCUGCGGGUGCUGAUCGACUCAAAGAGCCCUGACACAGCCGUGCUCUUUGAAGAAGCCUUUGUGCACCUGAAGCCCCAGAUUUGUCUGCCACUAUGGAUUUCUUGGGCAGAGUGGAGUGAAGGUGCCAAAAGCCAAGAAGACACCGAAGCAAUCUUUAAGAAAGCUAUCUUAGCUGUCACGGGUGUCGACUCAGUCACUCUGAAGGAGAAGUACCUGGAUUGGGCUUACCGAAGUGGUGGCUGCAAAAAGGCCAGAGCUGUGUUUAAAAGUUUACAGGAAAGCCGUCCAUUUUCAGUUGAUUUUUUCAGGAAGAUAAUCCAGUUUGAAAAGGAGCAAGAAUCCUGCAAGAUGGCGAACUUAAGGGAGUAUUAUGAGAGGGCUUUGAGGGAAUUCGGAUCUGUAGAUUCUGAUCUUUGGAUGGAUUACAUCAAAGAAGAAUUGAACCACCCUCAUGGUAGACCUGAGAACUGCGGACAGAUCUACUGGCGAGCCAUGAAAAUGUUGCAGGGAGAGUCAGCAGAGCAGUUUGUAGCUAAACAUGCUAUGCAUCAGGCUGGCCAUUUGUGAAGAGAGGAAGAACCCAGCCAACUUUGUGAGAUGGAAUUGUGAGCCCUCUGGGCAGACUGUAUUGUGCAUUCAUUUGCACUUCACUGAGAUGGCAGACAAGAUGGCUGACCUUGACAUGCUUUAAUUUUGUAAUGUGUUCAUCUUUAAUUCCAGAAAAGAGAACUGCUUGUUCAGUGGCGAAAGGCCAAUUGUUGAGGCCAGGCUUACCGUGGGUUCUAAGUGUUUUCCAAAAUAUAUGGAAAUCUGAUAACCAAGCUGCUUUUUUAAAUCCCUGGUCAAGCAUUGAAUAUCUCUAAUCUAGGCCUAGGGGCCUGUUAAAAUGGAGGAAAAAGUACAAUUGUUUGUUAAUUUUCUCCUUGUUAUGAAAGUAUACGUGGUAUGCAUUUGUUUUAGAAAAUACACAAGGAAUAGAAUAAUGUGGAGAAGAAAAUAAAAGCAAUCUGUGAUUUCAUCA